AUUACAUCAACUCCAAAAUCGCAUUAAAAACCAUAUUCCCCAUAUAUGCGCUUUCAUGUCUCCUUUUCUCUUUCUAGUUCUGCACUCUUUCGGAUUCAUCCACAGCCAUCAUCACACUGCUGCCUUUCUCAAAGCUUAAUUACUUAGUUUUUUUUUUUUUUUUUUGUCUUUUCUCUUCUCCUCAGCCUCAGAAAUUAUUCAAGAAACAGAGCCAUUUUCGCAGCUUUUUCUCCCAAGUUGGUAUAAUCAGGAGAUGGAAACGUUGUGUCCGAGUUCAGGGUGGAUGAUCCACCAGGGCCACAGCACGACAUGGACGAAAGAGGAGAACAAGAAGUUCGAAAGCGCUUUAGCGAUUUUCGAUGAGAAAACUCCCAACAGAUGGUUUAAGGUGGCUGCAAUGAUCCCUGGAAAGUCGGUUUACGAUGUGAUCAAUCAGUACAGGGAAUUAGUGGCAGAUGUUAGUGAUAUAGAGGCAGGUUUGGUCCCAAUUCCCGGCUACUUGGCUUCGUCGUUUACGUUGGAAUUGGCGGAUCAUCGCGGUUUUGAUGUGUAUAGGAAGAGGGCCGGCAGGCCCUGUGAUCACGAACGGAAGAAGGGCGUGCCUUGGACAGAAGAUGAACACAGACGUUUCCUAUUAGGACUUGAGAAGCACGGAAAAGGGGACUGGCGGAACAUUUCCAGGAACUUUGUGAUCUCCAAAACCCCGACACAAGUUGCUAGCCACGCGCAGAAGUACUACCUAAGGCAGCUCUCGGGAGGCAAAGACAAGAAGAGGCCUAGCAUUCAUGACAUAACGACAGUCAGUCUCACCGGCACUCCUCCAACAGAGAGCGACAGAUCUCCUCCUUUGGAGAAAUCUAACGUUGGACUUAUCACAUCCGACCAUAACCCCACAAGUGCUCCAAAGGUAGUAUUGGACUGGAAUCACAACAACAACGACGAAGCCCUCAUGGUGUUUAACCCGUCUUGUGUCGACCCUUUCGCUGCACAUCCGCACGACAUUGCCACACAUAGUCGUUAUGUCGUUAGCAAUGUUGGUUCUGGUCCAGGUUUCUGCAUGCAGUUGCCAAGAUUUCAUGCCUGAGGAAACAACUUAUGUUAAGGACGUUGGGCUGGAAAUCCUGAUGUUGUGGUUACUGGUCAGAAAGUGACUGUGCCUGUGUGCUUCAUGAACCAAUAUAUGCUAAAUAUGCAUCUUUAUGGGAAGUUAAUGAAUCUUUAUGCAGUUUCACGUUUCUA